UAGCUCAUGCUAAUACUAGUAGAUCAUUAUACGACGCCUCAGGCAGCAUCAUUGCCCUCAAUGAUGGUUUCGUUUGGUCUUCGUCCACUAUUCAUACACUGAGCAAGGAAGGCACUGCAGCCUAAUCUGCAUCUUGAGGCAUAAUUGUGCCUCGGACGAAUGGAGACACGUUCAACCUUCCUGUUCUCAAAGUUCACAAUUGCUACAACGUUCAGCCUCAGGACUGCAAGCACCCUGCAUUAGGAUCACGUGUGCCCACUUAUAAAAUGAUCGCUCGAUGAAAAUGCGCCGCAGACCCUUCAUUUAUCUCCCACCAGCUUGUUAUCUUUCGAGCACCCUCGGCAUGUCUAACGAGAAAGAUGUCAACUCCGUUGAUGAGAAGGAGACGAAGGCUGGUGUCAGUGAUGACAUUCGUAAUUUGACUGCAAGGACCCAUGCAGCGGAACUGAAGGCUACAGCACAUGAUCUCAAUAAAAAAGAGUCUCUCAGUGCAUAUUUCACCAUCCUGGCCGCGGGUUUUGGUUUGAUUAGUGACGGUUAUCAAAAUAAUCUGAUGACAAUGAGCAACGUUAUCUUCAAGCAGUUAUACCCGAAAGACUACACAUCGACUGUAUCCACUCGAGUCUCAAAUGCCUUGCUGGUUGGUGCUGUACUGGGUCAGGUAUCUGUGGGCUUGAUUUGCGACAGAGUAGGACGUAAAGUUGCCCUUGUGACAACAACCUUAAUGAUUGUCAUUGGUGCUACCCUUGGCACUGCGGCUCACGGUGCCCAUGGAAGCGCCCAGGGAUUAUUCUGGUUCCUGACCUUCGCUCGAGGCAUCACGGGUGUUGGUGUCGGAGGCGAAUAUCCUGCUUCCUCCACGAGUGCUAGCGAAGCUGCGAACGAGACAGCACUGAAUAAUCGCGGUCCAGUAUUCAUCAUGGUCACGAACUUUGUUCUAUCUUUUGGCGGCCCCCUCGCCGUAUCGGUGUUUCUGAUUGUCUUGUCGGCAGCUGGGGAGAGCCAUCUUGAGACGGUCUGGCGCGUGUGCUUUGGUGUUGGCAUAAUGCUCCCUUUGACUGUAUUCUUCUUCCGUCUUCGGAUGCUGAGCUCUAAGCUGUACCGCAAGGGUGCCAUUAAGCGUCGCGUCCCAUACAAACUCGUGUUCAAGCGCUAUUGGCGAGAGCUGAUUGGAACUUGUGGGGCCUGGUUCCUUUACGAUUUUGUCACAUUCCCUAACGGUGUUUUCUCGGGUACCAUUAUUUCAAGCGUUAUCCACAAUGGCGACAUAAAGAAGACGGCAGAAUGGCAACUUCUUCUCGGAGUAAUCGCCCUUCCUGGUGUUUUUGUGGGUGCCUAUCUCUGUGAUAGGCUGGGUCGAAGAAAUACAAUGAUGCUUGGCUUCUCUGGAUACCUCUUAUUUGGCCUCAUAAUUGGACUGGCUUACGACAAGAUCACGAAGAUCAUACCAUUAUUCAUCAUUUUCUAUGGGCUUAUGCAAUCGGUCGGAAACAUGGGACCGGGUGAUAUGCUUGGUCUGACGAGCUCCGAAUCAUAUGCGACUCCGAUCCGCGGCACCUGCUAUGGCCUAUCUGCUGCUAUUGGGAAGACUGGAGCAGCCGUUGGCACUCAGGCUUUUACUCCCAUACAGAACAAUCUGGGUAAACAGUGGACAUUCAUUAUUGCCGCCAUUUGCGGCGUAACUGGUGUCCUGGUCACAUAUUUCUGUGUCCCAGAUAUGACUGGGGUUGACCUCGCUGAUGAGGACGUCAAAUUCAUGAAAUACCUCGCUGACAAUGGUUGGGAAGGCGAGGUAGGUGAGGAUGAUGAGAAGGGGAUGUUCGCAGACCGCCGCGUUGCUGAAGCUGGCUCUGCUGAAGGGCUCUGAAGGCAUCCUCAUCAUUUAACAGUAUUGAACAGACUUAUAUGCUACAACAAUUUUCGAGUGAGGUGGCUGUGUUAUGCUGCCUUUUCUGGUUGUUUGUACUUAUCUAUAUCAAGUUAUAUCACCAGUCAGUCACUGCAGAUAUAAUAUUUACUUAACCC